AUGCUCCGUGCUCUCCGAUCUUUUUUCUUUGGUCGAAGAGAAGCAAUGGAUCCUCUCAUAGCGGUUGUUGGAGCCACUGGCACUGGAAAAUCCAAGCUCGCUGUGGACUUGGCAUGCCGGUUCGAUGGCGAAAUCAUCAAUGGGGAUGCGAUGCAAAUGUAUCGUGGACUUCCGAUCAUUACGAACCAAAUCCCAAUUGACGAACGACGCGGAAUUCCACAUCACCUGCUGAGCUGUGUUGACCUGGAAUCGGAGCCUUGGCGCAUCGCACACUUCAAAAGAGAAGCCUUGAGACUCAUUGACGAUAUUAGGUCACGCGGAAAAAUCCCAGUCCUAGUCGGAGGCACCCAUUACUAUACGCAGGCGGUGCUAUUCAAAGACCAAUUGGUGGGGGAGGGGAAGGACGAAGAAGAAUCAGAUGGCGAAGAGGCACCGAAACUCUUGGGAGAAGUGGCCUCGACAUCAGAAAAAUGGCCGAUUCUAGAUGCAUCCCCUGAAAUUCUCAUGGAAAAAUUGCGCGAGGUGGAUCCAGUUAUGGCAGCUAAGUGGCACCCGAAGGAUGGACGUAAGAUUCGGCGAUCCCUUGAGAUCUACUUCCAGACCGGGCGACCUGCAUCGGAAAUCUACGCAGAACAAAAAGCGUUGAAGGCCCAGGCAAUGGCGGAGGGUGCAGGUACUCUACGCUCCAACAACACCAUGAUUUUCUGGGUUCAUGCGGAAAAGGAAGUACUUAAUGGCCGCCUGGAUUCGCGCGUCGACACCAUGAUUGAGCAGGGAUUGAUGACUGAGGCUCAAAAUAUGUGGCAGUAUCUUAAGAGCAAAGAAUCACAGGGGAUCGAGGUCGACCAGACGCGCGGUGUGUGGGUAUCCAUCGGUUUCAAAGAACUGGCACCAUACUUUGCCGCCGUUGAUAAAGCCGAGCUUAGUGAAACCGAGCUUGAGAAGCUCAAACAAAGCUGCCUUGAGUUGAUUAGGGUCGCCACUCGUCAGUAUGGCACAUCCCAAGUGAAGUGGAUUCGCAAUAAAUUAUGGCGAGCCCUCUCUGAAGUGGCCAUGGCCGGCCGCCUGUACCUUCUCGACAGUAGCGAUGUCAGCAAAUGGCAACAGAAUAUCACAGGCCCAUCGGAACAGCUCUUCGAGGCUAUGCUUCACGGGGAGUCCACUCCUGAUCCCAAAUCACUAUCUCAAUUGGCAACUCAAGUAUUUGGUGCCAAAGAGGCAAAAGCGCUUGCGACGUCAACAGAUAUGACCUGCUAUACCUGUGACCAGUGUCAAAAGACGAUGGCAGGUGAAGAGCAAUGGAACAUUCACCUCAAGAGCAAAGCCCACAGAAGAACCCUACGAAAAGGGAACGGCCGUGAAGAGUAUCUCCGGAAGCGAGAACUCGAAUCUGGGCCAGCGUCCUUAAAGGAUGAUUCCAAUUUGUCAUCCCUCUCUUGA